ACUUUAUAGGGAUUUUGGGCAGCAUAACACAAACUUGGUGCGGUGCUGCCUCUGCUUGGAAGCAACUGUUCUGUUGGAGAAGCCUAUCUUAGUUCCUCGAUAAUGAACAAGCAGCUGCAACAGAUCAUCCAUAUUCCACCCAACCCACCUGUUUCCCCUACCCGCCAACCGACCGAAAAAGUUUAUGCUUCCUUAAUUGAACCGAAACAUGCCAAUACUGUUAUAAGGCGACUUAAUCAGAUUGCACCGCUUCAAAAUCUCCAGCAUUUGAAGAGGAUUAACAAAAAGCAAGUCCAAGGGGGGAAACCAGAGUUGUUUGUCAUAUUAUGUUUGGCUUCUGAAAAUGAAACACAAUCCAAUACUAUGCCACCGGGUGUGGAAGAUGUUGUCAAUUCCUACAACUUGACUCCUUUUAUUACCGAAGUUUGCAAACAUGUUGCAUUAUCAAAGGAGUGGGAAGAACAGUGCAAAUUGUGGCCAACGUCAUAUCAUCCACCAACCUACAAUAUUAAUGGCAUUACAGGGUUUAAUGAAGAGGAUUCUAAAUCAGUUUUCAGUUUUAUGAAGUCCACAAUAGAGUUGGCGAAAUAUGGUGAUCAUUUGAGUUUCAAUGCUGCUUUGAUAGUGGAUCCAUUAGCCGGGCAGAUAAUUGCAAGGGCAUGUGAUGAUGUCUGCUCUUGGCAUAUGGGAACAAAUGAAGCAAAGACAGAAACCUGCCACAUCAAACAGUCGGAAGGAUUCACUUCUGAUGCUGAUGCUAACAGGAUAGCAAGAGAUGCAACUUUGAUUUCAAAUGGCUCAUCUAACAAUCUCCUAAAAUGUGACACCACACUUCUGCUGCGAGGGACCGAUUUGUUCCGUGAUUCUGGGCACGGUGAAAAGUUGUAUGAAGUUGAUUCUACUCAUUUUUUCUCCCUCAGGUUCUCCAGCAAAGAGACAAAGGGUGACCCUUGA